AUGGCACCUCUGGAGGUGCGGCUGCAUGUGAGGGAGCUGACUUGCACAAGCAGAGCAGUGUUGGCUGCACCAGACAGAAUUCCGGAGCAGGCUACAGAAAGUGAGCCUGGACCAGCUGCUGCAACUCCCACAGACAGAGAUGGCCCAGACUGGCCAAGCCUCCAGCACAGCCCCUCCCAAAACGCCUCCCUGUCCCACACCCAUUCUUGUACAUCCACCCCUUCAUGGCCAUCCCUAUGCGCACGAAAAUCAUUGCUGCCGCACCCCAGCUCCCUCCCUUCCCUGCCGGGAGGGCCCUGCACUCCUCCCGCGGGGCUCCGCACGCCGCUCGGGGCGCGGAUGGGAGGGACGGAGACGUCGCGGCAUCCCCGCCGCGGCACCACGCCCUGUGCCGGGCACAGCCCGACCCCAGGCCCCGAUGCCCGCCGCGGCACCUGCCCUCCCGCCGCACGGUCGGGAGACGGGGCGGGGGCGCACGCGUCAAGCGGGAUUACGGUCGAGCAUCACCCGCCGCGCCCGCGGCACUGCCCGCUCCCGAGGCGGCGCGGCCGGAGCCUCCCCCGCAUCGCCCCGCCCAGCACCGGCCCCGCCGCCCCCGGGCACCUCGCUCGGCCCUUGCUCGCCUCUGCCCGGCCGUGGGGCUGGCGGUGCGGGAAACACCGGCGGUACCAGGCGGCGGCGCACCACAACCCCCGCCAUCGCUCCCAGCGGGCCCCCGGGAAAGGGAGUGGCCGCAGCCCAGCCCACCGGCAGGUACCGGGCAGGGUGGCGAGCGCGGGGAUCCCCGCAGCCCUGCCCCGCCACUCACCGCUGCCCACGGCGGCGCCCGCUCCUUUGUGUGCCCGCCGCGCCCCAGCACCGCCGUCUCCCGCUGCCGGGCGCCCCGCGCCCCCUCCCCGCCGCGCCGGGGGCGGAGGAGGACGCAGCCGAGAUCCGCGGAGGAGGCCGCUACCGCCCGCCGGUCACAUGCAGCGGGAAGGCGCAGCGCAGGCUCCCGGCGGCUCCCCGGGAGCCCGGCCGGCAGCGUCCGAGGCGAGCUCGGGGGUGAAGAUGGCGACCUCGGCGGCGGGGGAGGGAAUCCCCAGGCCGGCCCGCUCCGCUCCGCGCUGCCGGCUGGGCUGGGCGCGCCGGGGAGGGGAGGGGUUAAAGAGCGGCUGCCGCUGCCCGUCAGCGCUAUCGCUGUGCCGCCCGCUCCUCCUCCGCCGCCUCCGCCAGCGCCGCAGCGCUCCCUGCCCGCCCCGCUGCGCUCCGCUGCCAUCGCCCGGGGCUCGCUACCCACCGCAGCGGGACCCCAGCGCUGACCCUUCCCUAGCCAAAAUGUGCUGGCAUGGCCACGGCCUUAAGGAGUAGCGGAAAGCAGGUCACGAAAGCUGGUGUGCUUGUGGUCGGACAAGGAAAUGAGAAGGGGAUUUGUCUUCUGAGCCCCAGCUGUUGACUGCGGCACGUCCACUCGGCGUGUCGGUAAAAUUUCAGCGUCCUACAUCCCCCGUUCCUCCGGCAGUCACUUCAGUUGCUCGCAGAGAGGUGGGUAAAAGAGGAAGCUGCUGAGGAUGUUCACUUUCCACAAUUUCUUCUAAUUGGUUCUUCUCUAUGAACAAGCCAGGAAAUGAGACUCCACGAACAAUAGCAUUUUUUACACUUGCAAGAACCCUGAUGGCCAUUACCUCAGUCUGGCCGUGACCUUGCAACUUGAAUGACUUAGUGGAAGAUAUACCACUCUCUUCAGUGAGAACAGUUUUUUCACCUGGAUAUUCAUAUUCAUGAGAAGAAAACAACCGCCCUCAGCAUCUGAACAGUGACUGUAAGCCUGAAGCCUAUGCUUUGAACUUGCAACUGGGAUGUCAGACGGUGAUGAGUAGAGGUGUUUAUUUCAUGUCCACAGUACUGGUUAAAAGAGGUGGGGCUCACAACAGAACUAGUUGAUGUGCUUGGAAAACCGUGCUUAGUUUUUCCUAUAAUAAGAAUCCCACUAUCUGCUAGCAGAGUUGUGAGUCUUUCAGAAAACUCUCAGGUCAAGCCAGAAUAUAUAAGUCACCUCAAAAAUUAAAUUCAGCU